UACAUGAAUUUACCCUUUCAUUAUUGUAUCUCAACUCACCAUGGAUAAAAGCGUACGAGAUACAAAAAUGACCACUGGAAAAAGAGACCGUAGAGAAAUGUUUUACAUAUGCUCUUCUACGCUAUCGGUCAUUGCAAUUGUGUUGGGUUUCGCUCUGUUCGCGAGAAUAGAAACUGUCUCCCAGGAUUUGAGGACAAUUGACACAAAAUUCUCGCUGCAAAUUCAGCAAAUCCGAGACAUUCUUAAGGAAAGUGCAGCCUCUUCCCGCGUGAGCGAAAACUUUGACACAUCAAAUGCCAUCCGAUACAAAAUUCCACUUGUUCGUCGCAGCGUGGAUACAGUCAACGGCAAUGAAUCGAUUAGCCUCUCUGACCUUGGAGCGGCUAUCAAGAGAUACGUGCGAUCGACUAUGAAAGGAUAUGUCUGUCAGAGUCCAGACAGGGUUUGUGUGGCAGGGUCCCCCGGACCAAUAGGAGCUCGUGGUCUUCCCGGAAAAAGAGGGCCCAAAGGAAUUAGAGGAAAAAAGGGAACGCGAGGAGUUGUGGGACCUCCAGGAGGACCGGGAAAGCAAGGCAUCAAGGGAGGUAUUGGCCCUCAAGGAAUCAAGGGAGAAAAAGGGAACCCAGGGACACCUGGACAACCAGGAGCUAAAGGUGAACCAGGCGAGUCCUUAUCUGCACCAAAGGUGACUGUAUCACCGACUUCAGACACUGUUACUGAAAACCAAACUGCCACGUUUUAUUGCUCGGCUGAUGGGAAUCCAACGCCUACAGUCACCUGGAGUAGAACAGGUGAUACGGAACCAAUUUCAAGCCCACAUAAUAAGUUGGAAAUCAGAAAAGCUACGUAUAAUGACUCGGGAGAUUACGUUUGCACGGCCAAGAGCAUAUUGGGUGAGGUGCAAAAGCAGGUGAAGCUCUUUGUCGAAGUUCCUCCACGAUUCACUAAAACUCCAAACAGAGUUAUUACAGUCAAUAGAGGUACAAACGCAUCUGCUUCUUGCCAAGCGUUUGGUUUUCCUUCGCCAAAAAUAGUUUGGUCAAGAGGACUUGUCCCGUUACCACAGGGUCGAACAAGUGUCUGCAAUGGAACUCUACAUAUAUCAGACUUUGAUCCUAAAGAUUCUGGCACGUACCAAUGUACCGCGUCCAACAAGCUGGGAUCUGUUAAUGCUUUGACAACCUUAAAUUAUAUACACACAGCAUCCUUUAGGGCCGUCUUUACAAAUCUUGGUGCGAGCGGAAGAUUUGGUCCAGCAACGCUGGGCAGUUACUAUACAGGUCAGGAUCACGACGGACAAGUGAAAUUGUCGAGCGGUAUUCAACAAUGGACUGUGCCGUACACUGGUGAAUACAGAGUAGAAGCAAUAGGAGCAGCUGGAGGGUACGGUAAGACCAAGGACAAAAAGAGCAGCACCUCUAGUUACAGAGGAAGAGGUGCAAGAAUGGUUGGAAGUUUCAGUUUAUCCAAAGGUGAGAUUAUUCACAUACUUGUUGGUCAAGAAGGAACGAUCAACAACAGUCCAAAGUUUCCGUUCGCUACUGGAGGUGGUGGAGGGACAUUUGUCGUUAGAGGUGGUAGUACACCCUUAACAAUAGCUGGAGGUGGUGGGGGCGUGGAUACAUUACUUUCAAGGCAGCCUGGAUGCGACGCCAGUGUAAGCACAUCAGGGAAUCCUGGAUACAGAUCAUGGUCAGGGGGGAGCAAUGGACAUGGUGCACAGACUGCUGAUAAUGAUAAUUCUGGUGGCGGCGGGGGCGGUUUUUACUCCAGUGGAAGAAGUUCCAAGAUGUUUGGUGGCACCAUGGGAGAUGGUGGAGAAGGUGGCAAAGGUUUCCUUCAGGGAGGGGUGGGUGGAAGAGCCAAAUUUAACAAUAUUGUGGGUGGUUUUGGAGGUGGUGGCGGUUCAUAUGGACAAUCAGGAGGCGCCGGAGGAGGAGGAGGGUACUCUGGGGGGAGCAGCGGAAAUAAUGAAUAUGAUUCCUGUGGGGGUGGGGGAGGCUCCUAUAAUGUUGGUAAAGAUCAGCAGAGUGAAUGUUGUUAUAAUGCAGCUGGUCACGGUCGGAUGAUCAUUACACUGCUGUAG